UAGAUAAAUAUAAAAGUGUGACUCGAGUUUUUAUAUUGCAACAAUCUUAAAUUAAAUCAUGUCAACUGUGGACGCAACACGAGCUGUAAACGAUGGCGCCGACAGCACAACGAAGGAUCAACCCAUAUUUCAGGAGAUUAGCGCCGAUCAAGCAGUAGAAGUGGUCGAAAUUGAAUCCGCAUGUAUGAACUGCUUUCAAACUGGCACCACACGUUUGCUGCCCACCAAAAUACCAUUCUUCCGCGAAGUGGUCCUAAUGUCAUUCAAGUGUGAGCACUGUGGCUAUACGAACAAUGAAAUGCAAUCUGCCUCGGAAAUACAAAAAAACGGCGUGCGCAUUGAGCUGCAAGUACAAAAAUCUGCAGAUCUAAAUCGCCGUGUUGUGCGCUCGGAUAACUCAAGCAUAAGCAUACCGGAGGUAGAGCUAGAGAUACCAGUACAGUCGCAGAAGGGCGAGGUGACCACCGUCGAGGGUAUAAUUGAGCGCACAAUAACUGGCUUGUCCCAGGACCAGGAGAAACGUCGCAUUGAUCAUCCAUCUGAAGCAGCAUCCAUAGAUGCAUAUAUAGAUCGCUUGCGUCAGCUAAAAGAGCUAUCAACGCCAUUCCGUGUGCUGCUGGAAGACAUAUCGGGCAAUAGUUUUAUUGAAAAUCUGCUUGCACCAGCCAGCGAUCCUCAGCUAAAGACAUCCCACUUUACGCGCACGAAAGAGCAAAACGAGAUGCUAGGUCUAUAUGAGCAGAACCAUGAGGAGCAGCAUCUGCUGAAGCCCAUAGCCGAAGAUGAGUGGCCACUUGAGAAUCUGCAAGGCGAAGUGCUACAGUUUGCCACAAACUGUCCAGAGUGUCAGGCGCCAUGCGAGACAAACAUGAAACUAACAAACAUACCGCAUUUCAAGGAGGUUGUGAUAAUGGCCACCGUUUGCGAGAAAUGUGGCCAUAAGACUAAUGAGGUCAAGUCCGGCGGUGGCAUUGAGCCGCAGGGCGUUAGAUUCAAGGUGCGCAUUGUUGACAAGGAGGAUCUAACGCGUGAUGUGCUCAAGUCAGAAACUUGUAGCUUGGCCAUACCUGAACUGGAUCUGGAUGUGGGCCCGCAUGCGCUUUGCGGUCGUUUUACCACUGUGGAGGGUCUACUGGUGGCCAUGCGUGAUCAAAUAGACUGCACGCUGUUUCACGACUCUGCGGACGACGGCUCCAAGCAGAAGAUGGAUACUUUUUUGCAAACAUUUGAGGAUGUACUAAAACUACAGCGAGUUAUUACACUGGUACUUGAGGACCCGGCUGGAAAUACAUAUGUGCAAUCGCUUAGCGACAAUGAUGAGCCGGAUGAAAAGCUUACUGUGGAAAGAUAUGAUCGCAGUUUUGAGGACAACGAAGAUCUGGGUCUAAACGAUAUGAAAACAGAAAACUAUGAGCAAAAUGCCUCAUAGUCUUCUAUGCACUGUGAACUACUAAUCAAUUUGCAUUUACUAAACAGAAUUUAAAACGAAA